AUGGGUAUUUUCCAGGUAACUCUUGGCCCUCUUCUGCUGGGCAUCUUUUGUCAACGCCUAUCUCUAUGGGGUACUUACAUUCCAAUAUGCAUCGUAUUACAAUAUUGCAUUCAACGACGCGUUAUGGAUUCGGUCGGUGUCCGGUUUAACGAUGCGGUCGCCUUCAAGACUGAUACCAUAAAUAUGGCUGGCAGACUCACCGUUUUUGCGUUACUCUGCCUCGACACUUUCCACAGCAGUUCAUUGAUCUACCUCGCUUGGGUCUAUGCUGUAGAUGGCUAUAACAAUCCCUUCGCUUUGACCAGACCUGUUUGGCCUUAUCCAGCAUGGGUAUUUGUAGCUACAGUCACGGCUUGCAUAACGCAGGUGUUUUUGGCAUAUCGGAUUCUCAGGCUUAAAAAGGGCAUUGCGUUAUACGCUACCGUGUUGGUUCUGGCUGCUGCCGCUUUCAUUUUUGGCAUUAUCUUCGGUGUCAAGGUCUGCAAUGUCAAAACGUAUGCCAGCCAUCGUUUCACAACGACUGAGUCUUGUCUUCGGAGCUGA